CUCUGCUCAGGAGAUGAAGCACAUGGAGAAGCUCUCCAGCCUGUUCCAGGGCAGCGGCUCCGGGGAAUGCCAGCGCUCCGAUCCACCCGCGGAGCGGGAAGAGCCCUGGGAGCUGAUCAUGGACAAGAAGCACUUCAAGCUGUGGCGAAGGCCCAUCCAGGGCUCCCACCUGUACCAGUACAGAGUGUUUGGAUCCUACACGGAUGUGACUCCCAGGCAGUUCUUCAAUGUGCAGCUGGACACGGAAUACCGGAAAAAAUGGGAUUCCCUGGUGAUCAAACUGGAUGUGAUUGAGAGGGAUGUGGCCACGGGCUCAGAGGUGAUCCACUGGGUCACACACUUCCCAUAUCCCAUGUAUUCCCGGGAUUACGUCUACGUCCGACGCUACAGUGUGGACAAGGAGAACAACCUGAUGGUGCUGGUGUCAAGGGCUGUGGAACAUCCCAAUGUUCCUGAAGAUCCCGAGUAUGUCCGGGUGAGGACCUACGAAUCCCAAAUGGUUAUCCGUCCCCACAAGACCUUUGAUGAGAAUGGCUUCGAUUACCUCCUGACCUACAGUGACAACCCCCAGACCGUGUUCCCGCGCUACUGCGUCAGCUGGAUGAUGUCCAGUG